GCAAGUUACAUCGUUGAAUUUUCGUUGUUAAAAAAUUAUCCAAAUCACGAUCAAAAUUGAGUUUUCAUUUUCAUCUUCAUCUUUAUCGAAGUUUUUCAUCGAUUUGUUCUACUUAUUAGAAAAUUUUGAAUUAAAUUCAUACAAGAUUAUCGAUGGCAACUCCGAAGAAAUCCUCUAACCAUCAUUCAAAUCAAGAUGAACGAGUGGAAUGGGGAUUAUUGUUAAAGCAGAAACCACGUGAAAUUGUUUUGUCUGGUGAUAGAAUUUCCAAGCAAAUUGAAGAGGAAAAUGGAUUGAACGAAAUCUUAUUCAAGUUAAAAUCAUUAAAUUUUUUGGAAAUCACAAAUACAUCAUCAUUAACAUCGAUCCAAGCAAAAAUUUCGAAUCUCGACAAUUUGACCAAUCUUGUAUUGCAAGGAAACAAAUUGUCAUCGAUUCCAGCCGAAAUUGGGCAGCUAACUAAAUUGAAAUGUCUUAAUCUUUCUCGUAACAUGAUUGAAACAUUGCCUGAUGAACUUUUUGAAAAUCUUGUCAAUCUACAAACAUUGAAUUUGGAACAGAAUCAAUUAAAAUCAUUGCCCGAAAUGUCAAAAUUAUCAUCAUUAAUCUCAUUUAAGUGUGGUUCGAAUCAAUUGAAAGAAUUUCCUGGCUCAUUGUGCAGUAAAAUCCGUAAAAAUAAGGAAUUAUCGGCUCAAUCAUCUAUUCCAAUCUAUGAAGGUGGGGCCGUACAUUUGGCCGAAUUGGAUGCAUCACAUAAUCAGAUUGAUGAAUUACCCUAUACAAUCGAACGUUUGGUUGCUUUAAAAGUAUUGGAUCUAAGCUUUAAUCAAAUUACGAUGAUUCCAGCGGAAUUGGCAAAUUGUCCAAAAUUGAAGGAUGCCCAAUUAAAAGAAAAUCCGAUUAAAGAUCGUCGUCUUUAUAAAUUGAUUGAACAAUGUCCAACAAAAAAAGUUCUCGAUUAUCUUCGUACGAAUGCUAGUCCAGCAAAAAAAUCUAGUAAAAAUAAUAAUGAAGAUGAGGAUGAUGAUGAUGAAAAAAAGGACAAUUUCAAUGAUUCUGAUGAAAAACGAAAACCAGAAUAUUUUAUUCGAAUUCAUCAAAAUCAGCCGGAUAAAUUUUUUGUAUUUGUUUCAAAAUCAAUUAUUAAUCAACGAAAAAUUGUGGCUUGCAUCAUUCAUCAAUUGGAUUUAUCAAAUUCUAAAGUUUUGAAAAAAAUUCUAGCCAUUCAAACAAAAUUACAUCAGUAUGUAUGUGACAAUCGUCAAAAAGCAACAAUUGCCACACAUGAUCUCGCUAAAUUACAACGAGCUGUUUAUUUUGAUGGUCGGGUACCGACGAAAAUACGUUUAGUUCCGUUAGGUCGUCCCAAUGAAAUGACUGCUAUGGAAUUAUAUCGUCUAUUGAAUGAUGAAGCUGAUCAGUAUCGUAAGGAGAAAAAACGCAGUACUAUCAGUGGAAUACAUAAAUAUAUUCAUUUGUUGAAGGGAAAACAAUUGUAUCCGGUAUUAUUGGAUUAUCGUGAUAAUGUUCUAUCAUUACCACCAUUAACUAAUUCAGAUUAUUCAAAGAUUGGUCCGAAUACAAAAUCAAUGUUUAUCGAAGUUACCGGUGAAAGUAUACCAACAUGUCGUACGGUUAUGAAUGAAUUAAUACAUUCAUUUUUAGUUGCAAACAUUAUGGAUGAUGAUGGAGAAACAAUACCAUUAUUCGCUAAUAAUGAAAUGAUAAUUGAACCGGUUAUAUGUGAAUUGACUGAUAUAGCCAGUACACAAAAUGAAUUAUUAGUUAAAUAUCCGGCAAAAAUUGAUCUACAAUUUGAAGAUGUUCAAAUUAUCAAUGAAUAAAUUUUAUCAACGAUGAUCAAUCAAAUCAAUUUUGCUUAAUAUCAUCAUUGUUCAAAAGAUAAAAGUGGUGUUUUUUUUGUGUUGUAUA